AUGUCAGACUUUUUCAAACAUACCGAUACUACUUCAUCUAAGGACAAUUCAACAACUUCGCGUCAACCUCAAAACCUUAAUCUGCAACCUGCUGCUGUUACACCAUCUUUUCACCCUCAAGGAAUUGGAAGCAGCGCCUAUUCUUCAUUUAACCCGUAUUAUAACGAUAAUACACCUGACGACGACGACGAAUACGAACCUUUUUACUCCGAUUCAACGGGUCUAAUGCGUCAAGUUUCAAAUAUGUCAAACUUGUCUGAGGCAAAUCUUCCGUUGACUUCACAUGCUGCAAAUAUGUCUCCGACCAAUACCUCGAAAUUGUCAGCUGGGGGAGCGGGUGAUGGUGCCAAUAAUACCACUACUGAAAACGUGGGACGUACUAUAUACCUUAACGAUCCACAGAAGAACGACCAGAAUCGAUAUCUGCACAAUCGGAUAUCGACGGCGAAAUAUAGUUUUUUUACUUUUUUACCAAAAUUCUUGUAUGAGCAGUUUUCAAAAUAUGCAAAUUUGUUUUUCUUGUUUACAGCUUCUAUCCAGAAAGAAUUGGAUUUGAUGCGAGAAAAAAGAUUAUUAAUGCAAAUAAAUGGAGUCUCACCGACAAAUCGAUACACUACUCUCGGUCCAUUAGUGGUAGUAUUGGCGGCCACAGGAUUCAAAGAAAUGAUGGAAGAUUAUAAACGACACCGCUCAGACACUGAAGUGAACUCACGAGAAUGUAAUGCGCUCCAAGGCAGCUCGUUCGUAUCAAAAGGAUGGCACUCUGUAAAAGUAGGCGAUAUUAUUCGAGUAGAAGGCGGUGAUUUUUUUCCCGCUGAUUUAAUUCUGCUGAGUAGCUCAGAACCAGAAGGGCUAUGCUAUAUAGAAACAAGUAAUUUAGAUGGUGAAACAAAUCUAAAGAUUAAACAAGCACUGCCUGAAACUGCUAAUCUUACGUCCUCGGCGGAAAUUAGCCAGAUAUCUGGAUACCUUAAGUCAGAAAAUCCAAAUAACAGCCUGUAUACCUAUGAAGGAACGCUUGUCAUGAAUACACCUGACGGAAAUAAACAGCUUCCGCUUGAUCCUACACAAUUAUUACUUAGAGGUGCACAAUUAAGGAAUACCAGAUGGAUAUAUGGUAUCGUAGUUUUCACCGGACACGAGACAAAACUAAUGAGAAAUGCAAGUGCGACUCCAAUUAAAAGAACAAGCGUUGAAAAAAUGGUCAACGUACAAAUUAUAUUUUUAUUUGGAAUAUUGUUGACCAUGAGUUUGGCAUGUUCAAUCGGUUAUACUGUGAUAACGCUUCGAUCACAAUCUGAAUUGGACUAUUUGGAACUUUUUUCGGGUACUAGUAUGAUAUCACAAUUUGGACUUAAUAUUCUUACGUUCUUAGUUUUGUUCAACAAUCUCAUACCUAUAAGUUUGAUUGUCACAAUGGAGGUGGUUAAAUUCAAACAAGCUGAUCUUAUUAAUUCUGAUUUGGAUAUGUAUUACGAAAAGACCGACACGCCUGCAUUAUGCCGGACCAGUAGUUUAGUGGAAGAAUUAGGACAGAUUGAAUACAUUUUCUCCGACAAAACGGGCACCUUAACAUGUAAUGAAAUGGAAUUUCGGCAAUGCACCAUCGCGGGUUUAGCUUAUGCUGAUGCGGUCGAAGAUCUAAAACGUGCCCGCGUUGUUGAUGGGGUUGAGGUGGGACAAUAUGAUUUCAAGCAAUUAAGAGAGAAUUUGAGAAGUCACCCAACGGCCAAUGCGAUCAAUGAAUUUUUGUCUCUUUUGGCGGUUUGUCAUACUGUUAUUCCGGAAAGAAACGAAAAGAAUCCUAAGAUCAUAUAUCAGGCAUCAUCUCCAGAUGAGGGUGCUCUUGUAAAAGGUGCUUCCGUAUUGGGGUAUACUUUUACGACCCGUCGUCCAAAAUCAGUUCACAUUACCGUCAAUCAAAAAGAACUGGAAUAUGAAAUCCUCAAUAUAUGUGAAUUCAAUAGUACGCGGAAACGUAUGUCAACAGUUGUACGUGGUCCCGAUGGCAAAAUCAAACUUUAUUGUAAAGGUGCUGAUACCGUCAUCCUGGAACGACUAAGUGAAAACAAUCCAUUCGUCGAAGCAACACUCCAGCACUUGGAAGAAUAUGCCACAGAAGGUCUACGAACAUUAUGUAUCGCAAUGCGAGAAAUAUCCGAAGAUGAGUAUCAAAGAUGGUCCGGGAUAUACGAAAAAGCUUCCACCACAUUGGUCAAUCGUCAAGAUGAGCUUGAUAAAGCCGCCGAGAUGAUUGAAAAAGAUUUGUUCCUGUUGGGUGCUACCGCUAUCGAGGAUAAAUUACAGGAUGGCGUGCCUGAGACGAUACAUACAUUGCAACAGGCUGGUAUCAAAAUCUGGGUGUUGACCGGGGAUAGACAAGAGACGGCCAUUAAUAUCGGAUUGAGUUGUAGAUUGAUUCAAGAAGAGAUGUCGCUGAUCAUUGUAAAUAAGGAAAGUCAUUGGGAAACUAAGGAAUUUCUCGAGAAAAAAGUAUUAGAACUAAAAGGGCGUGUGAACCCUGAUACUGAGCCGCUUGCACUUGUCAUCGAUGGUCGAUCACUAGAAUUCGCACUCGACAAAGAACUAGAAAAGACUUUUCUCGAUCUUGCGAUACUAUGCAAAGCCGUAAUAUGUUGCCGUGUCUCACCACUACAGAAGGCAUUAGUUGUAAAACUAGUAAAACACCACCUGAAGGCAAUCCUUCUAGCCAUAGGCGACGGGGCCAACGACGUGUCGAUGAUUCAAGCAGCCCAUGUCGGCGUGGGUAUUAGUGGUUUAGAAGGGUUGCAAGCGGCUCGAAGUGCCGAUGUUGCUAUCAGUCAAUUUCGCUUUUUGAAGAAGCUUCUAUUGGUGCAUGGUGCUUGGAGUUAUCAGCGCUUGAGUAAAUUGAUCUUGUACUCCUUUUAUAAGAAUAUUACUCUCUAUAUGACGCAGUUUUGGUUCACAUUCCAAAAUGGAUUCUCUGGACAAGUUAUCUACGAGUCUUGGACUAUAAGUUUUUAUAAUGUGUUAUUCACAGUGUUACCGCCACUUGUUAUUGGAGUAUUUGAUCAGUAUGUGAGUGCAAGAAUGUUAGAUCGAUAUCCGCAAAUGUAUAUGCUGGGUCAAAAAAGUGAAUUUUUUAAUGUUAAGAAUUUCUGGGGAUGGACAAUAAAUGCUUUUUAUCAUUCUUUGAUUCUUUAUUGGGCUUCAAUAUUUAUUUUUGAUCAAGAUUUACUCUUAUAUGAUGGACUUACGGCAGGUCAUUGGGUCUGGGGUACGACAUUGUACACGGCUGUACUUGCCACAGUAUUAGGAAAGGCUGCGUUAAUAACGGAUUUAUGGACAAAAUACACGUAUUUAGCAAUUCCCGGUUCCUUUAUUUUCUGGAUAAUUUUCCUACCCGUCUACGCAACAAUCGCGCCAAAACUACAUAUUUCGGAAGAAUACGAUGGAAUCGUGCCGCAAUUAUUCACAAGUUCGGUGUUUUAUCUGACUGUUAUUCUUUUGCCCGUAUUUUGUCUCUUGAGGGAUUACGUGUGGAAAUAUGCAAAACGUAUGUACAAAGCAAGAGCAUACCACACCGUACAAGAAAUACAAAAAUUCAAUAUCCCCGAUUAUCGGCCGCGUAUGGAACAGUUCCAAAAAGCUAUUCGAAAAGUUCGUGCUGUUCAACGAUUACGGAGGACUCGUGGCUUCGCGUUUUCACAAAACGAAUCUGGCCAG